GUCUUCCCGUACCCCUGUGGGGGUAAGCGUACCCUCACUUUGGGAAACACUGGAAUAGAGGAACACAUAUCACAAGAUAGGCUCUCUUACAAUGUGUCUCCGUAUUGCUGUGGUUACUGGAGCUAAUAAAGGCAUUGGAUUCGCCACACUAAGAGAACUUUGCAGACAAUUUAAUGGAGAUGUACUUCUCACUGCUCGUAAUGUAGACCUGGGACAGAAGGCUGUCGAGGAACUAGAGAAGGAAGGCUUACAUCCCAAAUUCCACCAACUUGACCUCAAUAAUCACAGCAGUGUCGUCACGCUUCGAAAUUUCCUUCAAGACAACUAUGGCGGGCUAGACAUUCUUGUCAAUAACGCAGGCAUUGCAUCCAAGAGUUAUUCCGCCUUUCCCUUUUCUGAAGAGGCAAAGGUGAUAACAAAAACCAAUUUUUUUGACACUCUACAUGUAUGCCAGGUACUCUUCCCUUUGUUACGACCUCAUGCCAGAGUGGUCAAUGUGUCCAGUUCGAGAGGUCUUUUGGCACUUAAAGAAUGUUCUGAUACUCUGAAGGUCAGAUUGACUGACAGCAACAUUACUAUGGAGGAAUUGACUUCAAUUAUUAAAACGUUUGUUGACACAGCACAAAAGAACCAUCACCAGGAGGCUGGCUUCCCAAGCAAUGCCUACUGGACAUCUAAACUUGGUGUGACUGUCAUGUCCAUGAUACAGCAGAAGGAGCUGGACGCCAAGGGAUCAGAAGACGUUGUAGUCAACGCUUGUUGUCCUGGUUAUGUGAGAACUGAUAUGACCAAUCAUCAAGGCGACCUAUCUAUUGAUGAAGGAGCAGAGACUCCAGUUUACUGUGCACUUCUGCCGCCCAAAAUUCACCAACCUAGGGGAAAGUUUAUUAUGCAAAAACAAGUGGUCUCAUGGGAAGCCUAAAGAGUUUCUUAGAUGGAAGUCCCAGAAGAGCGCGGCGGUUCACGAAGGUGUCAUGCAGCGAUCACAAUAAAUAACUUCUUUUAGUUUUUAUAAACACAUGUCAAAAAUUCCUAUGAAUUGGAAAUACAAAGUCAUUUAAAAAAAAAACACACAACUUGAGAUUGUUUGGUAAAAAGUGUAUUUAUAUUUAUUUUUCAUAGCAUCAUUUUGACCAACGAUAGUUGAAGUUUUGUGUUUGAUUUGAUGGGCUCGUAAUUGAUUCUCAUUGUGACAAGACGCUGUUUUGUAAACUGUUAAAAUUAUAUCUAUUAGUAAAACAAAAACAACAUUUUAUGCUAUUUAAAAUACAUUUCGGCUUUACAACGUAUUGGGAAAUUUUUGGUGAAAAAAAACUGACUUCCGACUGUUUCGUGUAAGGUACUUAGUUGUUCCAAAUAGGUUUACAUGUAAUUUCGUUGUUGUUGUUUUCUUUUUUUUUUUGUUCGUUUCCCCAAAUGGGAGUAGUACUUUUAAGUCCCUUUGGUCUCUUUCUCUCUCUCUCUCUCUUUAAAUAUAUAUAUAGAUAUAACAUUAUAAUUCAUUAUUUCAUUCAUUAUUUUUAAUCAAUAUUAUUUUUGUACAGUAGUUUCGCUAAGCUUUUCAAUUGUAGUCAAACUGAAUUUCCGUUAGAUUGGAUUAAUAAAAAUUAUCUUAUCUUA